UCCCACAAUACCCCUCGUUGCGGCGCAGGCGCAGCAGACGCUGCCAAGAUGGCGCUGCUCCGGCAGGCGUACAGCGCGCUGUUCCGCCGCACGUCCACGUUCGCGCUCACGGUGGUGCUGGGCGCCGUGUUGUUCGAACGGGCGUUCGAUCAGGGCGCGGACGCCAUCUUCGAGCACCUCAACGAGGGGAAGCUGUGGAAACACAUCAAGCACAAAUAUGAGGCAAGUCAAGACUGAAACGCUCAGCAGCAAGAUCCAGUGUGGGGUGGCAGAAGACACUGCAGAGAAGGAUCGGGUCUCCUUCAGUGGGUUACAUCAAAACGGAACUGGGUCCUGACUGACUCUGAGCCAGAUUGUAUCAGCCACCUCUUGAUAUGAUGCCAACCGAGAUGGACUCAACGAGUUCUGCUGCUGUAUUGAAACUUACUGUGUUAAAAUAAAAUAUAUUGACCCAUGUCUCAUG